AUGAGCGAAGUCAAGGCACAGGUUGAAUACCGUGAAGGCAGCAUCGUCCUCGAUAUGGAGAAAACAGGAGCAUCAUCAACAUCAAACCAAAGCACAGCAGCCGUUGGUGCUCAUGGUGCCCAAGGUGCACCCGUAUGCAAUGUCCCAGAGCAUCAACGCAAAUUUGGCAAUCCAAUGCCAAUUGGUAUGGGCGCCUUCGCUGUUGGUGGUUUCAUGGUAGGCUUAUACAACACUGGUCUUGUUGUCCACAUCCCACAGGCGAUUAUGGGUGUCGCUCUUGGCUUUUCAGCCAUGGGUCAAUUGGUCUGUGGUAUCGCUGAACUGUUGCUAGGCAACACCUUUGGUGGUACAUCCAUGUUGACAUACAGUGGAUUCUGGUUCUCAUAUGGCAUUAUGUUUUCGGGUGGUGGCGGCUUCUUUGACACGGCUAUGGAGGCUGGCAUGCAUGAACUUGAAAUGUGUCUUGGUCUUUGGCAAAUUGCCUUUUCCAUACCAGCGGCUAUCUUUUUCGUUGCUACCUUCAAGCAACCAUGGAUUGUACGUUUCCUUUUGUUCUUGGUCUUUAGCGCUUUCUUCUUUGGUGGUCUUGGUGCAUUCACCGGUGUCACUGGUCUUACCGUAGCCGGUGGAUGGUUCUCAUUUGCCCUUGCCCUUGUUGCCUUUUACAUUAUGGCAGCACUUCUCUUUGCGGAAGAAAAGAUUAUGAACUUGCCAAUGUUUUAA